AUGCGUCAAUUCUCAGUGGUUCUUUGCCUGUGCCUGGCCGCUUUGGCCUCGGCCGACAAACUGGGCUAUAACUAUCAGCCGGUGGCCCACUCUCCAUCGGGAUUGAGUUUCCAGCCAUCGGGAGCGGCCAGCAGUGAUGCCCCUGCCUUCUCGGCUCCAUCCUUCUCCGCCGGACCCUCUUCCAUUGCCGAUUCCCUGGAGGGAUCCCAGUCCGCUGCUGCUCCCAACUACGCUGCCCCACAGGCCCAACUGGAGAAGGAGUUCUUCACCUACACCGCCGACGAGGGUGAUUUCUACGAUCCCGCUGCCUCCGAUCAGGUGGCCAAUGCCGUGAACAAGGGACUCCGUGUGGUCUUCAUCAAGGGACCCGAGAACCGCGGAUUGGAGGAUGCCGCCCUGGCUCUGGCCAAGCAGGCUGCCCAGCAGGAGACCGCCAUCUAUGUGCUGAACAAGCAGGCUGAUAUUGGAGAUCUGGCCAACAAGCUGAAUGCCAUUCGCAACAACAACAACAACAAGCCCGAGGUGCACUUCGUGAAGUACAGGACCCAGGAGGAUGCCCAGAAUGCCCAGCGUGCCAUCCAGGGACAGUACGACCAGUUGGGAGGCUCCUCUCAGGCUCAAGAUGGUGGCGUGGCCUCUACCCUGAACUUCGCUUCCCAGCCCGCUCCUGCUCAGGUGCAGGCUGCCAGCAGCCAGGCUCCCGCCCAAUUCCUGCCGGAGGCCACCGCCCCCAUCUCAUCGUAUGUGCCACCUGCCACUCCGGGAAGCUCCUACCUGCCCGCCAACAUUCUGCGCCGCCUGAGGUUCUAA